AUGAUCAGAAGUAUAUUGAAAUAAGUUAAAGGAAAUUUGACCAAGGGUAAUAGCUUCAAUGCUAAGUUAAAUGAAAUCCCAGUCAGAUGUUUUUCUAGCUCUACUGGCGAGGGUAAUGAAGGCGACGCUCCUAAGAAUUAAUAAGAAUAGCAACAAUAAAAGGAUUAGCAACCAUAACAACAACAACAGCCUUUAUAAAACUAAGGAAAGAAUUAGAAGUAAUUUGAUAACAAGAGAAACUUCUAAAAUAACUAAUAAGGAGCAAAUGCUGACAGGAAUGCUGAUAAAUAGAAAAAAAAUUUCACACCAUUUAAGCAGCAAUCCAACAAUCAAAAUUACAGAAAGAGGGAAGACGGCGAAUCUGAUCAACAAAAUCAAGGAGGUUUCCGUUCUAACUCCUAAAACCAACAAAAUUCUACUGGAUUUACUUCCAGCUAAAACUAGAGAAACUAACCUAAGAAGGAAGUCCUCUCAUUUAACUUAAAAAAAGCUGAAGAUCAAUCCAAUAGAGAUUCAUCUAAUUAGCAAGAUAACAAGCAAAGACCUCAACGUCCUUAAAGAGAAAACUAAAAUGACCAAGCAAGCGAAUAAUCUGAAGGUUAAUCUUACCAAAAGAGCUCUACUUCUUCUUAUGGUAGUGAAGGAAUGUUUUUGAAUUAACUUUUUAAAAGCGAACAAAACAAAACUGAAAAGUAGAAGGGUGCAAACUAGCAUUAAUAAUUAAUGAAAAGAAUUAAAAGCUAUGAAUAGAAUGGCAAUCCCUCAGAACAAGAAAUGCGUAUGGCUAUCGAAUGUUAUAAUUCUUGUGGUCUUUACGAUAAGACUAUUGCAACCUUCUAAACCUACAAGGAUAAUUUUGUAAAAGGUAAAUAAGGAGUUAGUUUGAAUGAAACUAUUUUGAAUUCUGUAUUUGAGUCUUAUUUAAAGAAUUCUAGCUCUAAGUUCAAUGAUGUCAAUGAAUUCUUCCUUAUACACUUUGCUUAAACAAAAUAAUUAAAGCUUAUUUACAAAGAUAACAUUCAAAACUACAUCUCUAGAGUGUGCAUCGAUCCCUAUUUAAAUUUAUCUCAACGCAUUGAAUUCUUAUCUGAAUUCGUUAACAUGUUUACCAACUCCUAAGAUGCUGACUCUUUAGUCACUUCUUCUUUUAACAACAUUGAUCUCUCUUCAUUAUCAAGCUUGUUUGGUAAUGCUGACACUUAGUAGUAUAUUUAGGCAUCUAAGACUCUUGCUACUUUGAUGAAUUUAAGCAUUUAACAUAACAAAGGAUCUUUCAAUUAACUUGGCAAAAACACCGAAUUCAACAAAGUUCAAUUCGAAAUUAUUAAUACAAAGAAGAUCUUCAACAACCUUUUGAAUUUAAAGUAAUACGAAAUCUGCAGAGAAAUAGUUGAAGCUCUAAGCAGAGGAAAUUUACUUCACUCUCACACUUUCACUAGCAAAUCUAGCGAGCAACAAAAGUAUAUUGACUACAAAGACCUAAUUAAAUUCUCUCUUGACUUCUAGGUCUCUGUUAAUUACUGGAUUGAUGUCAUUGCAAAGAAAGUUGAUUUUGAAUCUUUCACUUAGCUAUUUUCAAGCGCUAUCCUCGAAUUAAGAAUGAAUCAAAAUCCCCCAAAAGUAUUCUCCAUCGAACAAGUUUAUGAUUUCUUCUACAAUAUUUCAAACUACGGUGCACUUAAUCCAACUUAAGUUUAUAUCUUGAUGGAUAUUUCUAUUUACUUGAAGGAAUAUAAUUUGGCUAUUGAACUCUUCACUCACCACUAAAAAUAUACUAAUAGACGUAGAGAUAAUUUUGUUUAUGAGAAGAUGAUUUAGGUUGUUAAUUCAAUCAAUUUAAGAUAAUAAGCUGGUAAGUCUAACAAGGACCACGUUCUUUAAGCUUACAGAAAACUCUACACUGAAGCUGAAUAAUAGACUGGAAAACCAAUUGGAUUUUUGAAUUCUAAGAUUUACGAAAUUAAGAGUUGCAUCUUAGACUAAAAUCACGAUAGUGCUUAUUCUAUUUUCAAUGAUCGUUUCUUGAAGGAAAGUAUUGCUAACUACUAAGCUUUGAAGAUGAAAUACUUCUUAUUGCUUUUACUUGAAAAGUAAGACGAAAGAGAUUUGUAAUAUUCUGAAAUUUCUAUCAACAAGUUCAUCAACGGAUUAGCUCCUAAAUAACUUAUUCAAAUUUGGAAUGACGAUAGAAACGAUACUUAUCUUGCUAAGUAACUUGCAAAUAAAGAAAACGACUACAAUGAAUUUGUUAAGCGUAUUGAAGUUGAAAAGUACUACUCAAUUAUCAAGCGUGAUAUUAACAACGGCUUCUACACUAUUGAAGAUCGUAGACAAAAUAUGGAUGUAAUGAUGAAUGAAUAUGAACGUUACGUUAUCGAUAACUUCGAAGUACUUGAUCCUGAAUAUACUCUUGAUGGUAAAUUAAAGGGAGCAGUCCUUGACGGUAUUCUCAAAAUUAGAAAAUAUGAAGAAGUCCACUUAAAGAAGGAAGAAAGAAGAAAAGAAAAACAAAGUAAGAAAGGAGAAAAAGAAAGUGACUCAUAAACAAGCUAAGCUCUCAUUCAACAUUAAAAAGAAAUGGAAGAUACUCAAAUUGAAAUUAAUAAAAUCCUCGGUAGACCAAUUGAUACUCCUGUUAAUGUUCCUGAGUUAUAUAAAAAGUAUGAUACUGAAGACAAAAUGAAUAAUAAAUAUAUUGAAAGAUACGUAAAAAAUCUUUAACAAAAUGAAUUCAAUAAAGAAGGAAGACUUUAUAAAAUGAAAUUCAUGAAUCUUGACCAAUAUAAGGAAGCUUCUCAAUGCUAUCCUGAGUUGGUUGAAUAGGCCGAAAUCCUUGCUAGACCUCAAAUUCCAUCUGAUGUUAAUUUAGUCUUUGAACUCAUGACUUGGGGUGCUGAAAACCAACAACCUCUCGCCAUUCAAUUGGGUGAAAUUUAUUGUGACUUAAACGGAAUACCUGUUCCUAGCUCAUUGGUUGAAAAGAUUAACAAAGCAAUCGAUCCCUACAAUGACAAUCUCGAUUUCAUAAACCAAAUCACUAGUGCCAAGAGAUUAAUCGGUGAUAUUAAUAGAGAAAGAGUUUAUCAAACUUAUACUCACUUCUCUCAAAAGCCUAAGUUUGCUGAACAAGUCAACUAACUUGGUGAAGAAGAUAAAUACAGAGACGAAGCUACUUAUGUUUUGCAAUAAGAAUAAGCUGCUUCUAGACUUACUAAGUACGGAAUUCCUAAAAAAUAUAUUAUGGAAUAACUCAAGGCUUGA